AUGCUAAUGAGAAUAAUAGACAUGGAGGAGAUUCAGUUACCCUAAAUGUAUUUUAAAAAGGGAUUUGUUUAUGGCAGUUUUAAAGUUAGUGAUACUCUUCCUGGUUUAGGAGUUCUGAACUUAAAAACAUUCUAUUGUGGGGCACUUUUGAUUACUUUAUCUGAAGGUGCAAUUAAUAGGAUUAUGAUUGUUUUUAGAUUUGAUAGAAAUUAUAUUACAAAAAGAAAGAUAUUAGAUUAAAUCAAAUUAUUUUAGAUAUAUAAAACAAUACUCACUAUUUUAUUUCGAUUUAUCCACUAAUUCUAAAUAAGAUAAAUAGGAUAUUCUUAAGUUUUUCCUUAAUUUAAUAUAAUUUCUAUCCUUUUUGUUGGAAUGAAUGAUAGUGCAGAUAAAAUUUGA